CUAGAGCGGGUGGACUAGGAGCUAGCAGCCCCCCUUCCCCGCGCCCCGCCUCUCUCUCCUCUCCAGUCUUCUUUUUGGGGAGGAGCUCUCCGCGAUCUGGAGAGUUCCCGAGGGUCACCCGCCUCAUUGCGCUCGCUUUUCCGUCUCGCCUUCACCUGGAUAUAAUUUGCGAGUGAAGCUGCCCCCAGGAUGACCACGCUGGCCGGCGCUGUGCCCAGGAUGAUGCGGCCCGGCCCGGGGCAGAAUUACCCACGCAGCGGCUUCCCGCUGGAAGUGUCCACCCCCCUUGGCCAGGGCCGGGUCAACCAGCUCGGAGGAGUAUUUAUCAACGGCAGGCCUCUGCCCAACCACAUCCGCCACAAGAUCGUGGAGAUGGCCCACCAUGGCAUUCGGCCUUGCGUCAUCUCCCGCCAGCUGCGCGUGUCCCACGGUUGUGUCUCUAAGAUCCUGUGCAGGUACCAGGAGACAGGCUCCAUCCGUCCUGGUGCCAUUGGAGGCAGCAAGCCCAAGCAGGUGACAACGCCUGACGUGGAGAAGAAAAUUGAGGAAUACAAAAGAGAAAACCCGGGCAUGUUCAGCUGGGAAAUUCGAGACAAACUGCUCAAGGACGCUGUCUGUGAUCGGAACACUGUACCCUCAGUGAGUUCCAUCAGCCGGAUCCUGAGGAGCAAAUUUGGAAAAGGAGAAGAGGAGGAGGUGGAUCUAGACAGGAAGGAAGCCGAGGAAAGCGAGAAAAAGACUAAGCACAGCAUCGACGGCAUCCUGAGCGAGCGAGCCUCAGCGCCUCAGUCAGAUGAAGGCUCGGACAUCGACUCUGAACCUGACCUACCGCUGAAGAGAAAGCAGCGUAGAAGCCGGACCACCUUCACCGCCGAGCAACUGGAGGAACUGGAGCGGGCUUUCGAGAGAACCCACUACCCAGACAUCUACACCAGGGAGGAGCUGGCCCAGCGGGCAAAGCUUACAGAAGCCCGAGUACAGGUCUGGUUUAGUAACCGCCGUGCAAGAUGGAGGAAGCAAGCUGGGGCCAAUCAACUGAUGGCUUUCAACCAUCUCAUUCCGGGGGGAUUCCCUCCCACCGCCAUGCCGACCCUGCCAACAUACCAGCUGUCGGAGACCUCUUACCAGCCCACGUCGAUUCCACAAGCCGUGUCAGAUCCCAGCAGCACCGUGCAUAGACCUCAGCCGCUUCCUCCAAGCACCGUCCACCAAAGCACAAUUCCUUCGAACCCAGACAGCAGCUCUGCCUACUGCCUCCCCAGCACCAGACAUGGAUUUUCAAGCUAUACAGACAGCUUUGUGCCUCCGUCGGGCCCCUCCAACCCCAUGAACCCCGCCAUUGGCAAUGGCCUUUCACCUCAGGUAAUGGGACUUCUGACCAACCACGGCGGGGUACCACACCAGCCUCAGACCGACUAUGCUCUCUCCCCUCUCACUGGGGGCCUGGAACCCACGACCACGGUGUCAGCCAGCUGCAGUCAGAGACUGGAACAUAUGAAGAAUGUGGACAGUCUGCCCACAUCUCAGCCCUACUGUCCCCCAACCUAUAGCACCACAGGCUACAGUAUGGACCCUGUCACAGGCUACCAGUAUGGGCAGUAUGGACAAAGUGCCUUUCAUUAUCUCAAGCCAGAUAUUGCGUAACUGAGCUGUCCACUUGGAGCUAAGCUGGCCCUGUUUCCGGCCUCCACAGACUAGACAUGAAGAAUCUUCUCAGAAAAAAAAAACCCACAAAAAAAA